AUGGUUAAAUUCGGAGAAUUGAGAAUUCAGCAAUUAAAAAAAGAACUGGAGGAGCGUAAUUUGCCGAUAAGCGGGCAAAAGGCGGAUCUGCAGGCACGAUUACGUGAAGCAAUGAAAGCGGAUGGAAUUAAUGUGGACGAGUUCGAAUUUAAUGGGCCAGAAACUUCUACAAAGGUAGAAGAAAAAGUAGAAGAACAACGAACAUCAUCAAGUGCAGACACGAACAUGCUGUUAGUGGCUAUUAAGCAAAUAAUAGCUGAAAAUACAUCACAAAUAGCAGAAAAUCGUCUGGCACAGCAAAUAGCUGAAAAUAUAUCACAAAUAACAGAAAAUGUAGUGCAAACAGAAAAUCGUUUGGCACAGCAAAUGACGCAAAUAGCUGAAAAUACAUCACAGUUAGAGUCUCGCCUUACACAACAGAUUACGGAAAAUACUACACAACUACAAAAACAAGUGCAAGAGAAAUUUUCAAAAUUUGAAGACGAAUUAAGCACUUUAAAAAAUGGCGAAGAAAAUUUAAAAUCAGAAGUUCUGCAAUUAAGUAAUCGUGUGCGAGAACUGCAACUACAUGGCCCUGCACCAUCAACAAAUAAUCAAAGAUUGAAGGCACCCACAUUCGAUGGAAGUAUUCCAUUUCAAAUUUUCAAACUUCAGUUUGAAAAGACAGCGAUGGCCAAUAACUGGAAUACAGCGGACAAAGUGGCGUCCUUGUUUGUAUCAUUGAAAGGGCCUGCGGCAGAAAUCCUUCAGACUAUUCCAGACUGUGAACGGGACAACUAUGAGGCAUUGAUGAGUGCGAUAGAAAGACGAUAUGGUAGUGAGCACCGGAAACAAAUAUACCAGAUCGAACUGCAAAAUAGGGGUCAGAAGAUGAACGAGUCAUUGCAAGAGUUUGCAACUGAAAUAGAACGACUGGCUCAUUUGGCAAAUGCAGAUGCACCUGUGGAUUACAUUGAGAGGGUAAAAAUCCAAUGUUUCAUAAAUGGAAUUCGUGAUGUGGACACCAAAUGCGCCACAUAUGCAUUGCCAAAAAGAACGUUUGCUGAAACGGUAUCGCACGCCCUCACACAGGAAACAGCUUCCCUACUAAGUAAACCAGCACACAAAGUACAAAGGGUUGAAAUGGAACAUCGGGCGCUGAUGGAAGAAAUGUUGAAGACUCUGAAGACAAUUGCUGCACAGCGAGUAAAUACAACAGGCAGAUGUUUCAACCGUGGAAAAGCGGGUCACUUUGCCCGAAAUUGCAAUAUAAAAGUAAACCCAUCAAAACGGAAACAACAAACGGAACAUCGAAAGGGGAUUCACCACAAAAAUGCGGAUGCAUUAUCACGUCGUAAGAAGGUAUAAUCGACGUGCGAUUACUGAAUAUAGAACCUGAAGAUGAUUGGACUCCUCACCGCAUCAGAAUCAAUCAGCUGGAGGACCCUGAUCUUGCAAAGCUGAUAAUAGCCAAAGAAAAUGGGGUACGACCACCAAAGGAACAAAUAAGUAACGAGAGUCCAAUAGCAAAAGCAUAUUGGGCACAAUGGGACAGCAUAAACCUCGUUAAUGGAUACCUUCAUCGUACCUGGGAAAGUGAAGAUGGCAAACAGUCUCGUCUGCUGAUCAUAGUACCGAAGCCCAUGAUCCCGAAAGUGUUGAAAGAAUAUCACAAUGGACCUAGUGGAGGGCACCUUGGAAUAACAAAAACUAUAGAGAAGAUUAAACAACGGUUCUACUGGAUCGGUUGUCGAGAUUCCAUAGCAGAAUGGAUAAGUAAUUGCGUAGAGUGCAUGGCAGCUAAAGGUCCUAAAGCCAAAAGUCGCGGUAGGCUACAACAGUACAACGUGAGAUCACCAUUUGAACGAGUCGCAAUGGAUGUUGCAGGUCCGUUCCCAACCAGUACGGCCGGAAACAAAUAUCUACUGAUUGUCAUGGACUAUUUCAGUAAAUGGCCAGAAGUAUAUGCCUUACCAAACCAAGAAGCGAAGACAGUAGCCGAAGCGUUUGUAGAAAAUUGGAUAACAAGGUUCGGAGUGCCCAUCGAAUUACACUCAGAUCAAGGCAGGAAUUUCGAAUCUUCCAUUUUCCAAGAAGUCUGUACAUUAUUGGGCAUCCACAAGACACGGACAACAGCGUUACACCCACAAUCAGAUGGGAUGGUAGAGAGAUUCAACCGAACGCUCGAGGAACAUCUGCGGAAAAUCGUUGAUAAAGAUCAACGGAAUUGGGACAAGUGCAUCCAGAUGUUCCUGCUGGCGUAUCGUUCAGAGAAGCACGAGACAACUGGAUACACGCCAGCAAAGAUUAUUUUCGGAUCUGAUCUGCGACUCCCUGCUGAUCUUAAGUUUGGAACGCUGUAAGAAAUGAUGGAGAUUAUUGUUCUGCCUUAAAGGAAGAAAUGAAUGAAUUGCAUCUAAUGGUAAGACAGCAUACGCAUCUGAUGAGCAAUAAGAUGAAGGAUCGGUCGACUUCUGUUCACCGCUGUCAACGCGAGAUAUCCCGGGUCUUGCCAUGAUUCUGGUAUUUGGACCACAUCUCCAACACGUAUGCACCUCACAAAUACCUAUAACACGCAAAGUGAUUCGUGGUUGUUAGGCGACCAAGGAUAUCCAUUGGAGCCAUGGCUGUUAACGCCAGUCGCUGAACCUUCAAACGCAAGGGAAGUGCGUUACAAUAAGUUGCACGCCAAAGCACGUAAUACCAUUGAGAAGGCCUUUGGUGUUUUGAAGUCACGAUUCCGGUGCCUCUCAAAACACCGCAUUCUUCAUUACAGCCCUGAAAAAGCGUCUUUGAUUAUUUACGCGUGUACAAUUCUUCACAACAUAUUACUGAAGCAUGGUGUGGCUGCAGACCUUGGCUUCGAAGAAGUUUUAGAAGAAUCACAAGACACCGAAAUUGUUUUCGAAAACCCCAAUUUUAGGGAGGGUGCUAGAGUAAGAGAACGUUACAUUAUGUCUUUAUAAUAUACAUAUGUAUGUACAUAUAUAUUUCCA